AUGUCAACUAUUUCCAGUUUUCUGUACAUUCUUCUUCUUGCUCUUCUGAAAAUUUCAGAAUCAAUAAAAUGUUAUCAUGACCCGACUAAUGAGAACAAUAAAACAAUUUGCGAAGGAGAUUUCUGUGUGAUUUCUAGAUUCCCAAGAUUUAUUAUUACUUAUCAAAAGACUUGUCUCACUGGAAUCAAAAAACCAAAUUCCUCAUGUACUCUUGACCAUGACGAUAAUAUGGUGUGUGUUUGCGACACGGAUUUCUGCAAUACUAUACAUCUCUAUCGCUCGAAUGCCACCAUUCUCCCAAUCACUGAAUGUAAAGCUGUCAAUCAGUUAAUUUAUGAGACAAAAGGUUGUAAUAAAUGUAUACGGACCAUCUCUUACCUGAAAAAUGAUGACUAUGAGUUGAAUAAGUUUCCGAAUUCUGGUGCGAAUGUGAAAGAUCUUUCAGAAAAUAUUCAAUGUAAUACGCGUGGAGAUUCCGGAGAUUUUAUACUUGAUCAAUCGGUUUACAUGCCUGAAAGAUUAUACAGAAACUUUUUUGCAGAUUCAUGCUAUAACUUUUCGAUGCAUCAAUAUCAUUAUUAUAUUCAUUGCAGAUGUUCGUCGACCAAUUGCAACUCCCCUGAGACUCCAGAUCUACCAUAUCCAAUUGCUCCUCCUAGAAUACAAUGUUUUACCAGUGGAUAUGAUGUGGAUGUUAAUAACAAAAAAUAUGAGAACCUAACGACCAAAAUAUGGUAUAAAGAAAAUUAUAGAAUGCUGAUGACAAAUGUUUCUUAUGUGGACGACGACAGUGAAUGUCAAGGCCACUAUUGCGUCAUUGCUGUUGACGAAGGGAUCCUGCUAAUUGAUACGUUCUAUGAUAUUUACUACAAAGGGUGCAUAUCGGCUAACGAGCAAGGACCACAAAAAUUAGCGCUCGGGUACUCGUACCUCAAUGAUGUUCGCUAUUACAUCUGCAACGAGGAUUACUGUAAUGCGGAUAUUGAAAGUGUGCUGGAAUCGGCGAGAAAUUCAAGUAUAGAUGUUCGUGAUGAUUCAUCAGACAGAAAUAACAUUUUGAUUGUUUUCUUCUUUUUAUGUUUCAGUUUUGAAAUUUUUUGA